AUGUUGAACAGGCUCGUUUAUGUUAAUUUCAAGUUCAGAACUCUCUUCAUUCUCAGACAACAAAUACCAUGCAUCUCAUCCACAUCAUCAUUCUCCACUCACCCAACAAACAUCGAUCCCGGUCAACAGAUGAAGUUACUCAAUGACAAAAAGCAGUUCAAACAAACCAUUGAGUUGUUCGAGAGAGAAACGAAGAAGAACAAGGAACAACUGUCCAGUUUCAUCAUCGAUCAGGCGUUGAAAGCAUGUGUACAAGUGCGUGACUUUCGCCGUGGAAAAGAUAUUCAUCAGUUGGUUCAACAUCGAUUAUCAGCUGAUUCUUCGUUAGUGAAAUCUCUCAUUCACUUCUACAUGCAAUGUCAUGAUAUGAGCACAGCUGAAUCUCUAUUCCACAUGUCGACAAACAAAACGGUGUAUAUUUGUAGUGUGAUGAUGAAGGGAUACAUUGAAAAUAGGAAACCAGAGAAAGCGAUUGAAGUUUUCAAAGGAAUAGAUAAACCUGAUGCAGUUCUGAUCACACUUUUGUUCAAAGCUUGUGCUCAAGUGCCAUCAGAACAAUCGCUGAACUUCGUGAAAAACAUCUGGAAACAGUGUCAAAAUACACCUCUUCUCAAUCCCUACGUCUUGACGUCUCUGAUUGAUGCUCUUAUGAAAUGUGGGGACGUCAAGGGUGCAGAAGCAGUUUUCAACGGCCUGUCAACUAAAGUGUUACCUAUGUAUGGGGCAAUGAUGAAAGGUUAUGUAGAUAACGAGAUGCCGCAGAAAGCGAUUGAUGUUUUCCAACAAGUCAGCGAACCCGAUGCUGUUCUAAUCACACUUUUAUUCAAAGCUUGUGCUCAAGCACCAUCUGAGAAAUCGUUGAACUUAGUGAAAAAUAUCUGGAGAGACUGUCAAAAUACGUAUCUUCUCAAUCCGUACGUCUUGACAGCUCUCAUUGAUGCUCUAAUGAAAUGUGGGGACGUGAAGGAAGCAGAUAGGAUUUUCAACGGACUCUCAAGUAAAGUGUCAUCUGUGUAUGGAGCAAUGAUGAAAGGAUAUAUAAAACAUACAAUGCCAGAGAAAGCGAUUGAAGUUUUCAAAGGAAUAGAUAAACCUGAUGCAGUUCUGAUCACACUUUUGUUCAAAGCUUGUGCUCAGGUACCAUCCGAGGAAUCGUUGAACUUCGUGAAAAACAUCUGGAAACAGUGUCAAAAUACACCUCUUCUCAAUCCUUACGUCUUGACAUCUCUGAUUGAUGCUCUAAUGAAAUGUGGAGAUGUCAAAGACGCCGAGGCAGUUUUCAACGGACUCUCAACUAAAGUGUCAUCGAUGCACGGAGCAAUGAUAAAAGGUUACAUAGAUAACAAGAUGCCGCAGAAAGCGAUUGAUCUUUUUAUGCAAGUCAUCGAACCUGAUGAAGUUCUGGUCACACUUUUGUUCAAAGCUUGUGCGCAAGUGCCAUCAGAACAAUCGCUGCAUUUGGUCAAAACUAUUUGGAAACAAUUCAGUACUAAAUUUGUCCAUAGCGAAACUACACUAACUUCCCUUAUCAAUGUUCUCAUGAAAUGUGGCGAUGUCAACCAUUCAGAAACUGUUUUCGCUGAAUCACGAAACAAAUCGUUAUCGAUGUAUGGAGCAAUGAUGAAAGGAUACAUUGAAAAUGAAAUGUCGGAAAAAGCAAUCGACCUUUUCAAACAAGUCGAAGAUCCCCAUGAAAUUAUCAUCACACUACUCUUCAAUGCUUGUGCUCAACUACCCUCACAACAAUCGUUGAACUUGGUCAAAGCCGUGUGGAAGAAGUAUCAAAACACGUCUCUUCUCCAUGACCAUGCGCUGACUGCCUUAAUCGAUGCUUUCAUGAAGUGUGGAGAUGUUAAUGGAGCAGAGACGAUCUUCGACAAGUUACCACACAAAGUGUUACCUAUGUAUGGAGCUAUGAUGAAAGGAUAUCUUCUUAAUAAAAUACCAAACAAGACUCUUGAUCUUUAUCAUCAAAUUAAAAAUAUGAAAGCAACACAGUCAAAUUUCGUCAUUUAUCUACUUGCGAUCAAUGCAUCGGCACAGAUUGCCAUGGCAUCCCAAUGUCAGGCCAUUGUGGAUGACAUUCCACUACAGAUCAUUUCUAAUAGCAAAAUAUCUAACGCUCUCAUAGAUAUGUGGGGUAAAGCUGGUUGUGUGCGAAAAGCUGAACAAGUUUUCGCCAAUCUUUCAUCGAUUGAUCAAGUCGGAUAUGCAUCAAUGAUUCAUGUUUAUGGCAUCAAUGGAAUGGGCGUGAAAGCACUCCAACUUUUCCAUCAGAUUCCACGAUCGCUGCUUGCUGAUUCCACUUAUGUUUGUGUUCUUAACGCAUGUUCGCAUGCUGGACUCGUUGAUCAAGCUCGCUCGAUCUUCACCAGCAUCGAAUCGAAAACAGAAAAGCAUUAUGCCGCCAUGAUGGAUUGUCUAAGUCGAGGAUCACUGUUCGAUGAAGCACAACAGCUGAUCGAUCAAUAUGAACUGCAUCAUCCACCUUCACCUGUCAUGUACAUGGCAUUACUAUCAGCUGCAAGAAAUCGAAGAAACAAACAGCUAGUCGAAAGCAUUCACCAACGGAUGAAGAAGCUCUUUCCUCGCUUACCCGAUCUGAUCACAUCAGCCACAGUGUUACUUGCGAAUCUGUAUGGAUCGACCGGCGAUAUGGACAAAGCGUCGAGUAUUCGAUUUGAACUGAGUAGAUCUGGUGCUAAGAAAAAGCCUGGUCUCAGCUGGACUGCAGUUGAUGGUGAACUAUAUCAAUUUCAUGCUCACGAUCGAUCUCAUCCACGAAGUGCCGAGAUCUAUGUGGAACUGGAGAAGAUCUCACGAGAAAUGAUCGACCAUGGUCAUGAGUAUGACUCGUCAUGGAUCACGCGACCGCUUGCAGAAGAUGAAACGAUCGAAUCAGUUCUUUGUGGACAUAGCGAAAAGCUCGCAAUCGCUUGGAACUUCGUGGCUAAUGCUGACACAACAUUCAUCCAAAUAACGAAGAACUUGCGUGUGUGUGGUGACUGUCAUCAAGCGACGAAACUGAUCGCUGCCAUCCGACGAUGUCACAUAGUGGUUCGUGAUGCGAACCGAAUUCAUCAUUUCGAUCCGGAUGGUCACUGUUCAUGUAAUGACUAUUUCUGA